AUGGAUCCGUUAUACGGCUUAAAAUCUCAUGACAUCCGUGUCCGAUAUGCCAUGGAAUAUGAAUAUCGUCGUGGAACAAAUCCAACAAUGGCGGCCAGUAAUAUCAAUGAUGCCUAUCCGGAAGCAGUUAGUGUGAGGACUUGUCAACAGUGGUGGAAAAGAUGGAAAGAAGAAGGCGUAGUAGUUGAGGACAAAGAAAGGUCAGGAAGACCAUCGAAGAUUGACAAUGAAAUGCUGACAGAUUUGAUCGAGAUGAAUCCGAAAUUUUCAGGUGAAGAGAUAGGAGAGAUACUAGAGGUUGAUUCAUCAACCGUCACAAGACAUUUGGCAGCCAUUGGCAAAAGAUAUGUGUCUUCAGUUUGGGUACCUCAUGAUCUCACUCCUCAACAAAAGGCCAAUCGAGUGAAAACAUGCCAAGAGUUGCUUUCACGUCAAAAUACGGAAGGAUUUAUAAAGUGGAUGGUGACCGGCGAUGAAAAGUUAAUAUACUAUAACAAUGCUAGUAAAAAGGGUGAAUGGAGAAGUACAGAUCAACGACCAAUUGGGACGCCAAGACCAGAUUUUCGUCAGCAAAAAGUAAUGUUAUCUGUUUGGUGGGAUAAAACAGGAAUUAUCCAUUGGGAAUUACUAGAGAUUGGAGCCACCAUUUCAGCAGAUCUCUACUGUCAACAAUUGACAAGACUUCGUGACAAAUUAAUAGAAAAGCGAUACUCAAUGGUAAACAAAUGGGGUGUCAAUUUCCAACAGGAUAAUGCCCCAUCUCACACGGCAAAGACGACCAAAAACUUAUUGAAACAAUUUGGAUGGAAAAUUGUUGAUCACCCUCCAUACUCACCUGAUAUUGCCCCUUCUGAUUAUUAUUUGUUUCGGUCAAUGCGACACUUUCUUGAUGGUAAAAAAUUCAAAAAUCGGGAAGAGGUCGAAAUGGCAGUCAGCGACUAUUUCGCCAAACAGCCAGAAGAGUGGUUUGCCAAAGGAAUCCAAGAUUUGCCGAACAGAUGGAGAGAAGUCAUAGAUUUGAAUGGCGAUUAUAUACUUAGAUAG